ACGAAUCAAUUUCCCCAAAUUAUCAGCUAAUUUACUUAUCCAGCUUCAGCUUCCUGCAACCCAUCCUCAAUGCUAUGAUAUCGGCAAAUUGCUUGUUUUUCUGCUUUAGUUUGCACAUUGCAGCUUGUUUGAAAGAUCUGCAGGAAAUGGUCGUAAGUGUUAGUGAAAAUUCUCUGACUGGAUCUGAUGAUGGGACUUCCUUGAUAUUCCCAACUGAAGCAAAUCCUGCCGAUGAGAAACUUUUUCUGCAAAAUAUUAGCGAGUGUUUGGAGUUCCACACGAAAGUCAUUCGUUGGAUUGAUGAGGCAGCUAGAGCCCUUUCUGGAAUCAUAGCUUUUGAGUACGCUGGAAGUGUCUUUAGCUUCUGUACUCAAGCUUUCCAGGCGUCUCUGGUGAGUAGUUUGGUGGAUUCGAAGGAAAAUUGGGAAUCUGGAAGGUGAUUUGUAUUUCAGAGCAUGAAGAGUCCAGAAUUCCUGAAUAGUGUGGUCUUUUUUAUGGCUGAGGGAAUGGAAUUAUUCCUGUUCGCGGUUUUCGGUGAAAGGGUGGCUACUGAAAGUCGAGCAAUGGCUGAUGCUGCUUACUGUGCAUCUUGGUGGAGACUUCCUCCGAGAUACCGGGUGUACUUUGGGUUGAUGAUUCAACGAGCUCAGAGACCUUGCUACUUGAAAGCUGCCAACUGGCUAAAUUGCUCCCUGGAAUCCUACAUGACAGUCCUGAGAGCAUCCUUCUCCAUGAUGGCUCUACUGCAGAAUAUCAACGAAAAGGGUGGCUUAGGGCUGGAGCAGGAAGGUGUUUAACAUGUCUUAUCCAAAAAUGGUGUAUAAAUUCAAUAAUCUAAUAAAAAAAUUUAUCAUUUUGUCUCAAUUCCAAAUGCAUAAAAUAAAUUAUUCAAUGCAGAAUUGCAUAGAAUUGAGAAAAAAAAGUCGUUGACGUUCUAAUGAAAUGACUGGAGGAGUGCAAUAGCUGAUCCCGUGAAAUUGAGCACCUGUAAAUGACAGUAGUUGUCUCAAUAUCAUUAAUAAUUUUAAAGCAGGACACAGAAUUGACAAAUUACGCUGGUGAAUGUUGUCAUGUUGCAUCUAAAUAUGCCAAGUCCAUUGAAUUCAAUCGAUUGUUGACUUCGAAAAAUCAUAAAUCUCACCCUCUUCUUGUCCAACGCCUCAAAAUCGUACCAGUUGAGAAAGUAGAAUUCAUUAGCCAUCUGCGUGCU